GGUUCUAACCCCUGACCAGAGUUGGGAGAUGGCUCCAAAUCCCGAGGUCUACCCUGAGAAUGUUCCAGGUCCUGAGUCUAGCACAGAGAGGGCUUCCAUUCACAAAUACUGCCCUGGACCAGCUUUACUAUCUGAGCACAGUUCAGUGCCGACUUCAGUCUCGGAACACCAAACCGUGUCCGCUCUCAUCCCAGAGCUCAGCCAAGAUCCUGCUCUCAGUAAUGAGUUCAGCCAAUCUCCUGAUCAUGCUCUAAAAUUAAGCCAAGAAUUUGCUCAAGCUCAUAAGUUCCCCCCAGAGAUUGCUCCUGACCUUGAAUCUGCUCCAGAGCCUGUCCCAUUUCACGAGUUAGUUUUAAUGAUUACUUCUGUCCUGAAGGCCAAGUUACACCUGCUCCUCCCUGGUGGACCUCGGCUCUGUCUGCUCCGCCCUGGUGGGCUUCAGCUUCAUCUGCUCCGCCCUGUCUGUCACAGUCACCAGUUUAGCAGUCUCUGCACUACACUUCCCAGCAUCCCUCACCUCUCUGUUUACUCACCUCCCAAGUACUCCAGUGAUCUUCUCCUGGUUCUCCAGUGCUCCACUGAUCCUCUGCUCCUGGCAAUCCUACUGAAAGAAAGGAAAGGACACAUUACCUCACCCAGUUAACCUCCCUAUCCAUUUCAGUUACCGGAAUACUUCUUUGCACAUCAAUGUCUUG